AUGGGAACACGACAUGCGUACGUUUCCCUGUCCGCAUUGAGCCAAGGCUUAGCAAAUCGACGCCCGUUUCACCCUACCGUCUUCGGAACUCUGGGAUCGAAACAAAAGCGGCUUCAAAAGUGUUGCUUCUGUAACUGCGGUGGGCGUUUCCGAGUCACCAUGCGUACAGUGCGCGGAGAAGGACCAGCCCAGCGGCGUCCUAUGGUGGUUGUUAUUGCAGGUCCCACUGCAGUAGGAAAAUCGCAGUUGGCCCACGAACUCGCAGCUCGACUGAAUGGUGAGAUCAUCUCUGCCGACUCGGUACAGGUUUAUCGAGGGCUCGACAUUGGCGCAAACAAGCCAAGCGCGUUAGAAAGAUCGCUCAUUCCCUAUCAUUUGGUGGACAUACUGGAGCCGUCGAGAGACGCCUUCUCUGCUGGCAGUUUCUACGAGCUCGCUCGAGCGGCGACGACCGCUAUCCUGGGUCGCCAACGUGUUCCCAUCGUUGUUGGUGGCACCAUGAUGUACCUCCGAUGGUAUGUCUUGGGUAAACCCGCAACAACAGCACCGACACCGGAGAUCACGCGCGCUGUUCUCGCUGAACUCGCCCUCGACGAAUGGGACUGGGACCGCUGCCUAGCGCGGCUGGCAGCGCACGACCCCGAACGAGCAGCAAUGCUACAUCGUAACGACUGGUAUCGACUGCGACGGGCACUCGAAGUCGUAAAAAGCACCGGUGGAAUAGGUAUUGGUGGCCUACCGCUCAGAGGCGGAGCGCCUUGUUCCCGUCGCGCAACUGCUGCGCCACUAUCCGCAACGCACAUGGCUGCAGGGCCGUCAUCGUCGUCGGCAUGGACCGACACCGCACCCCCUGCAACAAUAACAACGAAAGCCCCUGACCUGGAUGUGGACUUUCGUUGUUAUUUCCUGAGCCUUCCCCGAGUGGAGCUGAACCGACGCAUAGAUGCUCGCUGUGAGGAUAUGGUGUGGCGAGGCCUGCUCCUGGAGACUGCAGGUCUGCUCCGGGGCCCAUGGGCGGCUAUUGAAACAGGUACGGGGCCGGAAGCGGGCCUCGAUGCGGAAACAUCCAAAGCGUUGAGUGCCUUUCGUGCCAUUGGGUAUCGCCAAGCUAUUGAGUACUUGCAGCACGGUGAACGGACCCCGGCUGGUUUGCGUGCCUUUCUUGCCAAGUUCAUGCAAGCAUCACGGCAAUACGCACGAAGACAGAUCCAGUGGUUUCGCUCAGAGACGCUUUUCCGCUGGAGAGCGGCAGACCAGCCGGAUCUCGUGGAUCGCAUUGAGAAUGAGCUGCAGCGUGUCUCGCCGGUCGACGCACAUGACGAUGCGGAGGACGCGCGACUUCGAAUGGAGAGCCAUCGAGAGGCGAAGCAAAUGAAACGAUACCAAAGUUGUUUGCAAAUAUUCCAUGAUGAUAGCAGGGCAUGGCAAGUGCUACGAGCGCUUGAUCCUUCGAGACCCAGUGAUCCUGGUGUGCAUGCUCCACCAUCGCUGCCGACGUCUUGA